AUGUCAGAGCUCUUGGACUUUGAUAAGCAACAGAGGCAACUGGAAGAUGAUCUUAGCAAGCUGCAGAAUGCCCUGAAGCAUUGGCAGACCUGGCACGUUGAGUAUGAGAUGCUCAAAGAAGAGGUCCAAGCCGUUUGCAAGAAUGGCGAGACGGAGCUUAAGACUAUUCAUGCCGGAUUCGAAGGAGAGUUGUUGAAAGAUCGUGAACUUGAUGAGAUCUUUGGUGAGAGGACACAUCGAUCUGGUGAACAGAUUCUGAACAUUCUUGACCGUCGCAUCGAUUACGUUACCGCGAAUAUCACAUCGCUGCGAAAUCAAAUCAGCGCUGCUGAGACCAAGCUUGAUGAAAGUCAACCCGACUUUACUGAAGACGACGGCUUGCCUAUCACAGAAAUUAUCGAGCAGCUUGACGAUGACGACAACGUUAUCUCUUACAAGCUUAACCAACCUGAUACGGCCUUGCCUCAGAUUCAAGAUGCCCUUCAGAAGGCCGGUAUCGACGAUCUCGAAGAUAGCAACUCAGUCUCAAAGGCCGAGAGCCCUAGACAAAAGGAAGCAGAACACUCCCAAGAAAAUCCAUCGCCGCAUACAGAGCUUGAAUCCACGACUCUAGCACCAUCCGUCACUAAAGGGGUGGUGUUUGCUGCAGAUACUAAAAUGCAAGACGGCCCAAAGCCCCAAGUCUCGCGGAAUGCUAAACGUGUUGAAGAGAUCAUGAACCAUGCCAAGGAGCAGGAGAAGAUCAGCAGCGAGCAAGCGUACAUCCCCGAGGAUGAGGAUGAGGAGGACGCGGAGUUGCGGCGGCAGAUGCUUGAAUACUCGGGGGAAGUUGGUGCUGUUGUCGCCGAGCUGCAGCUCGAGGAGGGAGACAGCGACGACUACGAAUAUGAGUACAGUGAUGAAGGUUUUGAGGAUGAUGACGACGACCAGGAAGACAGGUUUGGUCGGUAUACUGGCCGCGUUGUGACGGAUGAUUACCGUCAAAGAAUGCUAGAAUUGGAGAAGAAACUGGGCAUCAAAUCUCGCUUCACGGAGCAGCCAGAAGAUAGGGAUGGUGACGCAAGUUCCGAUGACGAAGAAGGCAUUGGCCGUAUCGUAGUCAAGCCAGCCUCGGCGACAACAACAUCAUCAUCAGCCUCAAAACCUGCGCCCGUCAAGUCAAACAUCAAAGAGAAGCAAUCAGAACAACUCAACGGCAAGAAGGGCGUUCGCUUUGCUUCCAAUCUGGAUAUCGCACCGGAGAAUGAGCCCACUGUCCUUCCAGUGAGAGAAGCUCCUAUGAAGGAAAAGGAACCGAUUGUGGAACCAUUGAGCGACAAAAUCGUUGAGCGCUCUAGCACCGCCAAGGCUCCCGAUACAUCUGAAAUCAAGUCGACGCGCAAACCAUCGAGAUUCAAGAAGGCCAGAGAUACUGUUCCACCAGGCCCUCUUGAUGUCCCCGCCAAGUUCUUAGAUCAAGACAGGCCCACGGCACCUACGGGUCCUGAAGGAACAACACUCGCUGACACAUUAGUUGAGCGCGAAUCCAUACGCGCUGCUCCUCACCCACCGGAUGAAUUCGAUGAUGAAUUGAUAUAUCAAGAGGUCGCUGAUGAGCACCACAAGCUUCGAAAGAAGUUCAUCCAACGAGAAGGUGGGUUCCUCAAGGAAGAUGAAUCUCCGAUCCAACCUUUGGAGGAGCAAGAUGGUGGGCGAGAGCCAGUCAGUCGCUUCAAGGCCGCCAGGCUCUCAAAGUACUGA